GUUGGUGCGAAUGCCCAGAUAUCACAGCUUAAAGGAAAUACGAGAAAGUGUUAAGGCGUAUUCCUCUGAGAGUUUUGAAGUGGUCAGUCAUUACAAUCGAAAUUCUGAUGAAAAUGAAGCUCCCAAUUUGUUUAGUAAUGCUAUCCAUACACAACUUGAUAGUUGUAUCUGGUCAGACGUGUGAUAUGCUGACCAGUGGAAUCCAGCGAUGCUAUGCUUCCAUUGGCAUCAAGCUUCCACAAGAAGAUAUCAAAAGCAUCCUGUCUGUGCCCCUAGAUUACAUCGAUACAUGCGGGAUGGACUACAACGAGUUCUUCCUCUGUUACGAGAGCAUCAUCAUGAUGUGUCCCGAUUAUAACUCCUUGAACCCCCUAAUGAUGAGCACCCGGUCUCUAAGGUCCAUGAUGUUUGGGAUUUGUGAAAACAGUGAAACUUAUCUCGCGGGUUUAAAGUGUGCGGAAGAGAAGAGCGACAAGUUUCACCAAUACAUGGCAAACUGUUUCGGAUUACGACAUUUCAGUGCGGCAGUGGACGCCGUAGCUUCUAAAAACUGGACCAUUUUCUGCGGAAACUUGAAUAAUGAAAUCAGUUGUGUGGAAACUGUUUUGAACGCCUUUGAGUGCGGGGAUGGGUUUCUUGAGGUCACCAAAACCUUCCUUUACACGGUCCAGCCCUUGAACUGCAUGGAUGAUUCUUCCUACUGGGACUGGAUUCGCAAAUACGGUGGAAACGAAGGAUCCGUGCUGCGUUUAUCCUGGAUCAGUCUAAUGCUCUGUUCCAUCUUUAAUUUCACACUUUAGUUUCUCUUCAGUGAAAAGCGUCAUAAUAAAGCUCGAAUACCACUCAAACCGCUGUAAUCUCCGAACUACUAGUAUUUAACUAUAAUUCUGCCUUCACUUUAUUCCUUUGACAUUAUCCUUUCCAGUCAUAAUCUUAAAACUUGGAUAAAUGUAUAAGAAUGAAAUCGAAAUUUGAAUGUUUAAAGAAAAUACAAGUAAAAAAUGAUUAUUUGUACGUUAAUAUUGAAAAAAUUAAAAUUUUGAAAUUGUA